AUGUCUGGCAAGCUUGAUCAGUCCCUCGACGAGAUUGUCUCCACCCAGCGCAAGGUCGGCGGUCGUCGUGGCCGCAAUCCAGCACGCCGUGCCUCCGGUCGCCCCACAAGCACGGCUCCCGUCGGUGGUGUCCAGAAGAACUCCAAGAAGCCACAGGCAUCAGCGAAACAAGCUCCUGCCAAGGCUGCAGGAGGUCCCGGUGACAGCAAGGUUGUGGUUAGCAACUUGCCCAAGGAUGUGACUGAGUCACAAAUCAAGGAAUACUUUGUGACCUCGGUCGGUCCUAUUAAGAGACUCGAGCUCGCCUAUGGUCCUGGAGGCGCAAGCCGUGGUGUUGCUACCAUUACCUUCAGCAAGCAAGACGGCGCUUCCAAGGCCUUCAACCAGCUUAACGGACUCCUUGUCGACGGCAGGCCCAUCAAGAUUGAAAUCAUCGUCAGCGGCGACAAGGCUGCUGUGAUUGCCCCCGCACCCAAGGGGUUGACAGAGCGCAUCUCUCAGCCCAAAUCGCAGCCCAAGUCUGCUGUUCCCAACAAGAAGAAAGAAGCAGCAGCUAAGGGUGCCGUUACUGGCAAUGCCACUCGUGGUCGCCAACGACCCAGCCGAGGCAAGAGCUCUCGUCCCGCAAAGAAGUCAGCAGAGGAAUUGGACAGUGAGAUGGCCGAUUACUUUGAAUCUGGCACCCAGGGCGAGACAGCCAACGGUGCAGCACCGGCUGCCGCCGCCAGCGGAGAUGCCGCCAUGGAGGAUGAGAUUAUGUAA